UCGACGGAGCGGUGUCUCGCGGCGUGCCGUCCUUCUCUGAGGGGACAAACUGCCGCCGUCCGGAGCCCGCUCCCGCCGCCCUCUUCGCCCGAUGAGGAGCCCGGCUGGGGGUCCUGAGGCGCCGCGGUGGGCUCUGCUGAGCGCUGGGCUCCCCUCCGCGCCGAUGUGAGCGAAGAGCAGGACGCCCGGGAGCCAAGGAGGGAGGCAGCCCAGAAGGAAGGACAGAAAAAUGCCUGCUCUCCCAACUUGUGGCAUUCUUCUCCUCUUUGUGAUUGGCUAUGGGUCCUCGGAGAACUCCAGUACCUCAAGAGGAUGCGGACUGGAUAUCCUUCCUCAGUAUGUGUACCUGUGCGAUCUGGAUGCUAUCUGGGGGAUUGUGGUGGAAGCAGUUGCCGGAGCAGGAGUGUUGACAACGCUGCUUCUCAUGCUGAUCUUGCUGGCGAGGCUGCCAUUUAUCAAAGAAAAAGAGAAGAAGAGUCCCCUGGGGCUGCAUUUCCUCUUCCUUUUGGGGACUUUGGGGCUCUUUGGCUUGGCGUUUGCAUUCAUAAUCGAAGAAGAUGAGACUAUCUGCUCAGUCCGCAGGUUUUUGUGGGGGGUUCUGUUUGCACUGUGCUUCUCAUGCUUAGUCGCUCAAGCUUGGAGGCUCCGGAGACUCGUCCGCCAUGGCAAAAGCCCAUCUGGAUGGCAGUUGGUUGGUGUGGCCAUCUGUCUUUCUCUGGUCCAAGUUAUUAUUGCAACAGAAUGGCUGAUACUGACCAUUGUGAGGGACGGGAAGCUGGCCUGCCACUAUGAGCCUAUGGAUUUUGCCAUGGCAUCCAUCUAUGUUAUGUUUCUGAUGGUGGUGGUUCUGAGCUUUUCAUUUUUCACAGUUUGUGGAAAGUUCAAGAAGUGGAAGAAGAAUGGUGUGUGCCUCAUGAUCACAAGCUUUUUCUCAAUCCUCCUCUGGGUUGCUUGGCUGGCAAUGUAUCUAUAUGGGAAUAAAGAACUUGGGAGAAGGGACCAAUGGCGGGAUCCAACACUUGCAAUUGCGCUGGUGUCCAGCGGUUGGGUGUUUGUGAUCUUUCACGCUAUCCCAGAGGUUCACUGCUCCAUCCUUCCAUCCCAGCAAGAAAACACACCUAAUUAUUUUGACACUUCACAGCCGCACAUGCGCGAGACCGCUUUCGAGGAUGACUUACAGCUUCCAAGGAGCUAUAUGGAAAACAAAGCCUUUUCACUGGAUGAGAAUGCAGCUUUACGGACGGCAGGAUUCCGCAACGGCAGUUUGGGAAGUCGUCCUAGUGCCCCUUUUAGAAGCAACGUCUACCAGCCCACUGAGAUGGCAGUUGUCCUGAAUGGUGGGACUAUUCCAACUGCUCCACCAAGUUACACUGGAAGACACCUAUGGUGAAAGAGCUUAUAGGAUGAGAGAGAGAGAGCGAAUCCAUUAACAGAUUUUAUUCCCCAGCACUGUGUUUCUUUCUGUGGGAAGGAGCCAAUAAUACUAUAAUACAGGAGAGCAGAAAACCCACCUGGGAUCAUGGGAGUCCUAGAACUAAUAGCUUUUAAAUAAAUAAACAAACAAAUAAAUACGUGAGCACUGUUGAAUUGAUAAGCUAACCACAAAAGCAAAACCUCUGCAGUGAAAGAUAAGCUGAAACUAAAAUUUGAAAAUAGAUGUAGGCACAUUCUGUUUUAAAAAGAUAUGGGAGAAAGGAGAGGUGGCAUGUCUCAAAUGGCAAGGUGUGCUAGGUGAUCCCGGACUUUACGUGGUUGUCCAUCUUUUUGACAACGACAAAAACAAAGCCCAUAAUGCCAGAAGAGAUGCUCCCACUCCUGAGCAGGUUGUCUUUCAACUUCAUCUGUCUCCUUUGGAACAAGCAAAGUCCCUUUGCGAAAGCCCACUUUGCUAGAAUGAGCUUUACUCCCCCGAUGGGACCUUUUCAAUGGAUACCUUACUUCCCAGUAAAGCAAAUGGCAUCCAUGGUUUGUCCUUAUGUCCCAUGUAUUGGUUGGGUUUCUCAAGAUGAGCUUUGGGGGAGAAAACCCAGGGUAUCCCUCUGGGAAUUCCCUUAAAAAUCGAAGUUGGCUCAUUUUUAUGCCACCCUCUUUUUAAAAGCAAGAAGAAGAAAAAGGAGGAGAGUGGCCCACAGCAGCCUUUGGUCAUGACUGCUGACCUGCUUCCUUUCCAAGGAAUCACAGCAAGAAGCUACAUUAUAAAAAUGAGGCACUAAAGAGGUGUGGACAUUUUUUUGCUCUGCCUCUUUUACCCGAUGUCAAAGUUACUCUUAAGAGGGACACAACACGUUGUUAAAUUGAGCCAUUGGGAGCAGGAAGAAAAUGCGGGUCCUCUGUAUGUGAGGAGCAGGAAAAAAAGGGACACAUGGCCUACCUCAAGUCCCAGUGCCCUGAGCAGAAAGGACACACACUGUAUCUUUCCCAAAACCGAUUUCUCCAUCCCCACGUCAUGGAUCAAAGCAAUAAGGUGUUCUUUGAAAGUGAGAAAUGUUCAGGUGCCUCUUGAUGGGGGCCCCUUAACUUGUACCCAAUAGAUCCCCCCCCUUUGCUUGCUGCCACCCUCUCAUCACCAGUUUAACACUGAAGCCUCAUUGACUGCAAUGGUUUGUGCGUUUUCUUGCAUUUUCUUGUAUGUUCUUUUAAACAAAAACAAAAAAAAAUGGGAUUAUUUUCACAUGGGUGCUUGGGAAAGAACUGUAUUCCCCCCCCCCCCAAAGGUUCCCAUGUUCUUGCUGCCUUUUCACGUUUCGUGAUUUUAAUUCUAUUUGGAAAACCAUUCCUUCAUUGUUUAGCACUGAAUACAUAUCGGGCAUGUGAGCUGUCAUUUGCAUCAUCUGUGCUGGCCAGCAUUACUCUCUUGCUUUCCUAGAGACUAAAUGCAACUAAGGAGUGUGUGUGUGUGUGUGUGUGGUGCAUUACAUGAGGUAGUAAGACCAUUCUUUUGCAUCAGUCCUAAUAAAUAUAUUCUAUUUUCAUUAAUAAUGUAUAAAUAAAACAAAGUAACUCAGUAGGUUUGCAAGGUGAUUCAAUGCACCUUGCAGGGAGAAAGCAAUACGUUUUGAUCUGGGAAGAGGCCUCCGGUUCUCCUUGUACCUAACUUUUUUACUUUAAUACUUGAUCUUAAAUUUUGGCCCAGUUAUCAUUAUCUAGGCGGCCCCUCUUUAGACUGCGUUACAGGACUCAUUCAAGCUAAUGCUUUUGUAUCAUAACACACACAUAUUCCUUGCACAAAAAUAUCAGCAUGUUGAGGAGAAGGGUUCUGUCCUAACAUGCUACUUUUCUAGAAGCAAGUUUUCCCCCCACCUCCAUAAAACAAUUCUAUUGUAUGAUCUUGUAGACCAGGGGCUACUCUUAGAUUGAGAUAAACAGCAAUACCAUUUACCACCUUUGUUGGUAUGUAGCACCAUAUAUUCCUUGAAGAAGGGG